CGGAAGGUGAACGCUGGUGCGUGGGCUCCGUAGAUUUUCAUUGACCAAAGUGCUAUUCACUGACGCCAACGUUCUGUGAUCGAAAUAUCUUUCGUGGCGUUUCUCCAUUAGUCGAACGGCCCAGAGAGAAAGAGAGAGAUGUUCUCAUUGCGCUUGUUAUUUUUUCAUUUUUCCCCGAAGAGAAUUGGUGAGAUUAAUGUGAUAUAAGACCUGUUUAGAGGUUGCGUGCUUGUCAUACAAUUUCGAGAGAGAGAGAGAGAGAGAGAGAGAGAGAGAGAGAGAGAAUUGAAAAUACAAAACAUAAUCAGUGUUCACUGUUUCGCCAAAGCAAAAGCAUAGUACAAUCGGAAGGAAAGUGAAGUUCGAGUAGAUCAAGUCACAGCGCUGUGUUGUGAGGGAGAGAAAGGAAAGCAGAAGAUAUCGUUGAAGAGGAACAAAGUUCGCCCUCUUGUACCACAGGUGUGUUGUUUUUCUUCCCCUCCCGUUCCUCACUAAAGCUGAAGUGAGGAAAAGGCACCGGUGAAGAUGUGAUAGCUAUAAAGAGGAAACCUAUAAUAUAUAUACACGAGGGGAAGGAAGUCUUCGAAGAGGUCGUUCGCUGGAAGAGGAACUCUCCAACGACCUAUUUCCCUUUAAUAUAAGAGGGAGAGAGAGAGAGGGCGUGAGGGAAACCUACUACUUUUCAUUACAAGGGCUUCACAGCCUCUCAGCAGGUUCUUCCAGAAGCAGUGAUCCAUUAAAUAAAAAAGGUCACAAUGGACUAUAUACGAGAAUUCGACAUUCGACUGGAGAAGGAGAUGUACUACGCCGGAGAGACGCUACAAGGCCAAGUCAUCUUGAACACAGUCGAAAAUUUCAAGCUCAGAGCGAUACGAGUGGUAGUACGAGGGAAGGUCCAUGCUGAAUGGAAAGUCGUGGUCUCGGGAGAUCGAAGAACAGUAAAGGACGACCAGUACUUCAUCGACGACAGGACGACUAUAUGGGGGAAAGAUAAGCCCGAAGGGAAUGUGCCCAUCUUGCCCAGAGGAUACCACACCUUCCCAUUCAAAUUCCAAUUACCUGAGAGUUCCCUACCGUGUUCCUUUGAGAGCAAGAGUGGCACGAUCCGAUACUAUAUAAAGGUCACAGUUGAUAUCCCUUAUGCGUCACCGCCUCAGGGGAUGAAGUACUUCACGAUCAUUGGUCCACACAUCGACUGCAUGGAUGAACAGUAUCUGAAACCGAUGGUCGGCCACGACAAGAGAGCCUUGUGCUGCUUAUGUUGCAAGCGAGGUCCCGUCUCCCUUCGAACUCAGCUCGAGAGGACGGCCUACGUCUGCGGGGAGAGCAUCAAACUCAAGGCUGACAUUGACAAUCAGUCCGAGGAGGAGAUCAAACUCAAACUCAAACUCAUGCAGUACGUGGAGUACUUCAUCGACCGGGGAGUGCUGGGAGUGACGAAGGACAUCCAGCACCCGGUCCUGGAGUACACAGGAGACGCGGUUCCAGGAGGAACCCGGUGGAAGUUCGACUCGUCUCACAGCCUCGUCGUGCCGGUGAUGCCCCCUACGCUGGUGGGGGUCUGUCGCCUCCUUCAGAUAUAUUACGUUCUCAAGGUAAACGUCGAGAUGAGCAAGUCAGGAGAAGACCUCCAUAUGCACUUCCCAAUCACGAUCGCAACAGUCCCAUUCCGGAUUCCGAAUUCCAAUCAGCAACCGAAUAUUACCUACAGUGUCUGUUGCGACCACGUCGAAGGAGGCCAGUACAUCGGGCCAGAGUUCCAGCUAGGUCAGGUUUACGACGGCAUGGAGAACAGCCCGGAAUCGGUGCUGCUGUACAGACCAGUGUACGUGUGCAUACCGAACCCUAAGCUGAACAACACCCCCGCCGCGCGAGCGCGCCUCCUGGUGGAACAGCAGAGGACGUCCUCUGUAGGAGAAGCGAGCGCAGCAGCCAUCGCCAUCGCUAACAAGAAGUCCUCCAAAAGGGGUUCCUCCACCCUGGAAAGCGGGGACAAGACAUCAACCAUGUGAUCCAAGGAGAGGUACUAAGUUUUGCGGCAUUAGAAAACAAAAACAAAAAAGUCGAUCGUAGGAGUUCCCAAGUGAGUCCGAUAGAUGGAAAUAAAUUCGUUCUUGGUCGUGCCGAAAGAGCUGGAAAACUGGCGUCGUUCCGGAAGUACUGGAAAACCACUCGAAGGCGAACGUCUGGGACACUGGAAACUUUCGAUUUCCGCGAGGAAAAAUGGCGGCGUCGGUCUGGAAGUACUGGAAAGCCUCUGGAAGGCGAACGUCUGGAACACUGGAAACUUUCGAUUUCCUCGAGUGUUGUACUGGGCUUCGGUGACAUUGUUGCGAAGUAAAGUUCCAGAGUUCCAGCAGCUGAGUGUAACAGACAUCAGCAUGAAGUGUGGGACUCGGAGAUAUUAACAAAGGCAUCCUGGAAUACUGAGCUAAAGUAGUGGUUAACAAAGGGAAGUUAUAUACGCUCCAAUCAUGCGAUAAGAAUCGAAAAAAAAAAGACUAUCGGAUCGAAGACAUUCUGUUUCAUUCACCCAUGCUCUCCAUCCAAGAAAUGUGUAUAUACCUUAAAUCUAAUUGACACUUGAGAAGUUUUGAUUAGAUUGUUAUAGUUUUAUGUGAUUUCUGUUUACUUUAAUCUUUAUAUAUAUAUAAUAUAUAUAUUUGUGAAUGGAAGUAGCGAGAUAGUCAAUGCUGUGGAAUAUUUAUAUUCUAAAUCAAACAGAUAUCUUCCCUUACGAGGACUCGAAUCCUCUUAAGGAAGUACGAAAUGAAAUGCGGCUUAAACGAGGUCGAUAAUCAUAGUAAAAAUAACUCAUAUAAGUGAAUGAAUGUUUGACAAACGUGAAUAAUUAUUCAUGGAUGAAGUUAGAAGACUGGUAUAUUUAAGUGCAUUCACUUUUCCCAAAACUUUCUUUUUCAUGAUUUUGCGAAUAACUAUGGGACAAAGCUAUGGCUGCAAAUUCUCUCCAUUUUUAUUUAAAAAGGAAAUAAGCGAAUAAUCUUAUUCUAUUAUUAAAGGUAUCUCAGCUAAGAAGAGAAUGAAAGAACAAAUAAAAAGACAAGAGAGCGAGGGAGUGAAAUAACAAAUAAAAAGAACUACGGUCAAGUUGAACGAGAUGCCUUCUCUUCUUCAUUACCAAAUUCAUUACGGUCUCAUUAGUGAGAUAUUUCCUUUAUCUCUCACAAUGUAAAAGUCUCUACUACCUGUUGACCUCACGUGACCGUUGAUUAAUUAAUUAAGCCUGUUGCUGAUAAUAAUCUGCCGAGGUAUUAAUAUAUAUUUUUUGCUCCUGGCCUCUUCCAAUAUUUAUUUUGUUCCUUUGCGCUUUGAUA